CGGACCCUGGCACGAGAUUUUAGGUUGGCCAAGCUCCCCCGAAGAACUCCCGCUAUGUCGCAGCUUCGCUCAGACCGCUAACCACCACUAAACCGACCCGCGAUACCCUCCAAAAACCCCAGAGUUGCUUCCGUGACCACCAUACCCGUCACGAUGCAGGCAAUCCGGCAACCGAUGCGCUCUGCGCUCUCAAAGGCCGCUACCAGGCAGUAUGCGACCGCUUCCUCGCAGUACGCCGAGACGAUUAAGAACCUUCGCAUCAACGGCGACACCAAGGUCCUGUUCCAGGGCUUCACGGGAAAGCAGGGAACCUUCCACGCACAACAAGCCAUUGAAUACGGCACAAAGGUUGUUGGAGGCACAAACCCCAAGAAGGCGGGUACCGAGCACCUUGGACUGCCCGUCUUCAAGAGUGUAGCAGAGGCCAUGAAGGAGACUCAGGCUUCCGCUACUGCCAUCUUCGUUCCCCCGCCGGUCGCUGCUGCCAGUAUCGAGGAGGCUAUCAACGCAGAGGUUCCUCUGAUUGUGACUAUUACUGAGGGUAUCCCGCAACACGACAUGGUCCGUAUCACAGACAUGCUUAAGACACAGAACAAGUCUCGCAUGGUUGGCCCCAACUGCCCCGGCAUCAUCGCUCCCGGUCAAUGCAAGAUUGGUAUCAUGCCAGGCUUCAUCCACAAGCGCGGCCGCGUCGGUAUUGUCUCUCGCUCCGGAACCCUCACAUACGAAGCCGUCAACCAGACCACCCAAGCCGGCCUUGGCCAGUCACUCGUUGUCGGUAUCGGCGGUGACCCCUUCUCCGGAACCAACUUCAUCGACUGCCUUAACGUCUUCCUGAAGGACGAGGAAACUGACGGCAUCAUCAUGAUUGGUGAGAUUGGUGGUUCCGCCGAGGAGGAUGCCGCAGACUUCUUGAAGGAGUACAACACUGCCAACAAGCCCGUUGUCAGCUUCAUCGCCGGUAUCUCUGCGCCGCCAGGCAGGAGAAUGGGCCACGCCGGUGCUAUUGUUAGUGGUGGAAAGGGUGAUGCCAAUUCCAAGAUCACCGCGCUUGAGGCUGCUGGUGUCACUGUUGAGCGCUCCCCCGCCAAGCUUGGAUCAACUCUCUACGACCAGUUCGUCAAGCGCGACUUGAUAUAAGCAGUUGUAACGAUGUUUCAUUGAACUGCUUGAACGUGCCGGCUUGCAUAGUGCGGCUGCUGCAUUAGGUCCAUUGUACAUUUUAGUCAUAAGAGCAAUCCAUCAUGUGUGCAUCUUCAGACUACCUCUUCUCUAAAUACAGUUUGGCCUGCCACAAAGACUACC